AUGUCGACGGCGGCUGGAACCAACGGUGUGGAGGCGGCCGAGACAUCAGGGGCUGAGGCGGCAGUGAUGGCGGGGCCUGAGGCUGUUGCGGUAGCGGCACCCGAAGCGGCUGCUGAUGGGGAGGCGCCGGAGGACGCCGCUGCGGCUGGAACGACGGCGGGGUGUGGGGCGGACCUGGGCCGCGCUGGCGAGACUGCCGCUGCCGUUGGCGACGGCUCAUUUUCACCUUCUGCCACCCCCCAGGGUGCAUCGCGGCUUGCUGAGGAGCGGGGGCCGGUCGCGGAGCAGGGACAGUUAGUGGAGGAGAGGCUGGCGGCAUCUCCGGCACCGGUGGCUGCGGUGGAGAUUGCUGCGGUUGUGACUGCCGCGGCGGCGGACGGAAGACAGGGCCCCGGGAAGAGCGUCGCUGCUCCCGCCGCCCGCGAGAAGAAGGGGAAGAGGCCCCGCGCCCAGCCAGCAGCGAGGCGGCCCGGAGCAGGGCUGGGACCUGGUCCCCCGGGACCCCUCCUGGGCUGGCUGCUGCAAGGGCAGUCGCCACAAGAGCCAACGCGUCCGUCGUCAUCGCGGGGCGGGCCAUCACGACAGGUGGACGCCGACGAAGAGAUUGCCGCCGAUGAGGAGAGCGCGCAGGAACCCGAGAUGCCGCCGCCCACGGAGCCUGGCAACGGUAACCGCGCCACGCCAGCGGCGACGGAGGCGGCAGCUGCAACCGACAAGAUCGCGCCUCCGCAGACUGGCACCAGGCGCUCGGCAAGGCUUGGAGCUAUCACCUGGGGCCCGCCACGUGGCGGGCGAACACCGUGGAUGCCGGCGGGGCGUGGGGGACUCAACGGCGCGGCAGGAACCGCAGGCGGAGCAAGAAGGGGAGCGCAUGAGGGUUUACGUGGCGGACUGAGAGGGGGACGGGGGGGGCGCAACCGUGCCCCAAGAUCCGAUAUCCCGGUUAGGAUAGGACCGUGGCGGGAACGCCACGAUAGGCCGGUAAGGCAGGAAGCGGAAGCAGGAGCGAAUGAGGAGCACGAGGCGUCUGACAACUCCGGGAAUGACCCAGAGUUUAUGGGUGGUGAGGAGGUGGAGUCCGAAGAAAUCUCCUUGGACGAGGAGCAGGAACCUGGUAGGAGAGCCACACAGCACCAAGAGGGAGCAGCGGGGGAAAGCAUCCGGCAAAAUCCGACGGGGGGAGGAGAACCAGCCACGGAGGACACUGAUGUGCCAUCCCCUGCCGAUCUGGCUGGCGAUGACGCCAUCUGGCAGGCUGCGGGGGCUUGGGACGCGGAAAUCCUGCAGAAGGGGGAUCAGCCUUUUCUUGUCCGCCGCUUACCCCCCCAGAUCCUGGACAUAUACAGUCUGUGCAUGCUGGCCGCACUUCAUCGCUUGGACAAGAACCCGAGUUGCCCAGGUGGCUGGUUUGUGUUGCAAUUCCUACCGAGGCUCACUCUCAGGCCCGCCCCGGAACCUGCCUCUGGGAGCCGCUGGGCACACAUCGAGGCGCGCCUGCACAAGUUUCAAAGGGGCGAGUGGGCGGACCUUUUCGAAGCAGCUGGGGUCAUCCCCGACACAGGAGGUCCGAUACGGCACCAGGGGGAUGACGAAGGGUCAAUCGGCUACUCAGCAGCUUCCAAGCUCAAAACGUGCGUGAUUUACUCCUUCCCUGCCGACUGA